AUACGGAAACAAAACUCUCGCCCCUAGAAGGUAGGUGGCGACACCGAAACCCGAGAGUUUGAACACGCACGUAGAGCAAAUGUCACUCUGAUGGCACAGUAUGACAAAAAACCUACUUCAAGUUUUUGGAGCGAAAUGGAAAUCUUACAGACACAGAUUCGUCCCCUGGGUAUGUUUAAAUCUUCAAAAAAAUGAAAGAACUCUUCGACAGGUGAACGAUCAUUCUGACAAACAGAUCAGAGAUGAUGAAGUGCUCAGCUCCCUCGCCAGGCUUUUUUCCGCCUUACUAAGAAGCGAUUGGAGAGGCCAAAGUGAAAACCGUCUGCGUCCCACUUCAUCUCAGCAUACGCACUUAACUACACAAAACGCUGCGCCAGCAGGGCCGGAGUUGGCUCCCUGUGACACAGCGCUACAAACGCUGGGCUUUUACAUCGACAAAAGGUCCAGCUCACUUCCGUCCGCGGGGACAGGGGUCUUCGUUACGCAAGGACACGUGCCGAAAGGCGUCGUUGUUGCUAUGUAUCCAGGAACUAUCUAUCAGGCAGAUGAUCCUAUUCUGAUCCAGUCGAUUCGUAACCCAUUUGUAUUUAGAUGUAUUGAUGGUGUUUUGAUAGAUGGAAAUGAUAAAGGGAUAUCCAAGCUCGUGUUCCGGUCUUGCAGUGGGCGUGACAGGCUUGGGCCCUUCAGGUUGAGUGACAGCUCAUGGUUAACUCCUCAUCUAUCAAACCCUUUAGCAGUAGGGCAGUAUGUCAACAAUUGCUCAAAUGAUAAGGCUGCCAAUGUCUGCUAUCAGGAAUUUGAUGUUCCUGAUGGUUUUCCCUUAGAGCUCCAUCAGUAUUUUCCCAAUGUGAAUUACAGACCUGAUGUACAAAGACCUUUACGUUGUGUCGUCCUUGUGUCGCUAAGAGCCAUUCACAGGGGUGAAGAAUUGUUCUCCAACUACUAUACCAUUGUUCACUAGUGUGAUUGUGGUACAAAUAAGUGCAAUAUGUUGAUUUUCUUUUUCUAGAACCCUUUUAGAAACAAGUGAACAAAUAAAUUAUUAAUCCAAAUAACAUCUAGGAAACAGUUACCCCCCCCCCCCCUUAAAAUUCUUAGAGACAUCAAAUCUAUUGAUGUAGAUUUGGUGUCUGAUGGUAGUUUUGGAGAUAUAGUGACUCCAAGAUGCAACUUUUUCCUGUAACUCCAACAGUGGUCCUUGAGGGUUUCUUUCCUCUUACCGUCCUCCCAGUGCAUGGGAGCAACAUACACUAUGGUCCGUAAGAGGCAAGACUGUCACUGUUCCAGUUGAUUAGAGUUUUUUUUUUCUUGCCAUAAAUGUAAAUGCAAGCAAGUAGCUACUUUUUUUCUAGCCAGUCCCUGACUGAAACAGGAAGUCAUGGAUUACUGUGCAUUAUGAUCACCUCAAAAAAUGCUUGUUACAUUUGGUUUCUAGGAAUUUCUAAGGGUGCCUAGAAUUGUGGCCAUGUGGAUUUGUUAAAUAUGAUUUCUUAAUGACAGAUUUGGUCUCAGAAGUACUACUUAGAGGGUGGGUUGUGUUUCAUUUUUUUCAGUGAGAUGAAUUUGAUUCUUCAAAAGGUGAACUUUUAGCCCUUUUUAGUUUUUAGGGCUCCCCCCCCCCCCCCAUUUUAUAAAGUGAGAGCUUAAGCAAAAGUCAUAAUAUUUCCAGAACUUUAUUCCUGGAUCUGUUUGCCAGUUAUUUAAGUAUAACAUAAAAUAGAAAAUAAAAACCAACAAAACAGAAACAGUGUCUAUGUACAAACAUUAUGAAUGAUAAAAUUUGUUUUUAAGUAGUAAUUGCUGUUUGAUUGUCUAUUUAAUACUAUAAUUUCUUUACACCAAAACAAGUGUCAAAGGAAAAUUUAUGGUAAUGCUUUUCUUUUCCCCAGCACAAAAAGUAAAUGCAUGAAAAAUGACUGUUUACUAAACAAAAACAUAACAUUAUUCUGAUAAGGAGGGUUUUUAAAUUUACAUUUAAAUUUUUGCCCCUGCAAGCAAACAACCAUCACUACAUUUACAACAAUUUUAAGCUAGUACUUUUCAUACAAACUUUGGACAUGAAUAAGUUACUUCACCAACACAAUUUCCUAAAGCUCUGUUCAAUCCUGGGAGGGACAGGAGAAAUUGAUUGCACAACCUACAGGACUUAAAUUGAGAAUAUUGUUUUAAGUGUAUUAAAUGAUAUCAAUACACAUCCUUCAAGUAUGUAAUGAAAAACAAAAACAUAAUUGAGAAUUCUGGCCUUACAUACAGGAAACAAUUUUACAGAGCAUGAACCACCCUUGGGUCACUCUUCUGCAAUGCACCAUUUCUUGCCAGUCUUAAAAUCCUCUAUAAGGACCCCAGACCAUAAAAACGGCAAAAAGCUUUGUUUUCUCCCAGGCCAUCGUCUUUAGAAGUGUUUUCCCAGGUAGAUUUAACAUGCAAGGUUUUUUUUUUUUUUUUUUUUUUUUUUU